AUGCCGCGACCCAACGAGGGCGUCUACGCCACGCCGCUGCUCGCCAAGCCCGAAAACGACCAUGGCCACGAGCACCACGACGCCGCCGAGCGCGGCCGCUCCAACGGCACCCUCACCCCCAACGGCCGCGCCGUGCCCGCCAUCACGCCCCGCCCGGCUCUAUCCCGUCGCUCGACGGCGAUGCGCUCGCGGAGCCCGCGCGGGUACGCCGCCGAGCAGGCCGCGCGCAAAAAGUACACCUACGCCGCCUUCUUCCUCGCCGUGUCGCUCGUGUCCUUUUGCAUCCAGACGGAGCUGAGCGCGUACAUCCAGCACGACCUCGGCUGGGACAAGGCCUACUGCAUGAUGUACUUUACGCACAGCUCGUGGAUCGUGCUCUGGCCCGCGCAGCUGCUCAUCCUGCGCCUGCAGAAGCUCGACCAGCCGUGGCCCGUCUUCUGGCGGCGCCACACGCAGCUGCUCAAGUCCACGGCCCUCAUGGUCGAGAUGCAGACGCUCGACGUGUUUGGCGCCACGCUCCAGUACAGCGCGCGCUCCGUCCGCUACAUGCUCCGCAUCACGGCCCUCGUCACCACGGCCCUCACCGUCGCCGGCCUCAGCUGGUACAUUGCUGUCAGCAUGACGACGCCCUCGGACCUAACGGCCAUCUACAACUGCUCCGCCUUUUUCGCCUACGCCUUUUCCGUGCCCAUCCUGCGCGAGCCCCUGCGCCUCGACAAGUCCGUCGCCGUGCUCAUUGCCAUCUUUGGCGUCCUCGUCGUCGCGUACGGCGACACGGGCGGUUCCACCACCGAAGGCGAGGUCGGCAAGGCGACGACCAGAAGCUCCGGGCCCAACGCCGACACGGCCGAGAACCGCUUCCUCGGCAACAUGGUCAUUGGCUUCGGCUCCGUGCUCUACGGCCUGUACGAGGUCAUGUACAAGCGCUUCGCCUGUCCGCCCGACGGCGUGUCGCCCGGGCGCGGCAUGAUCUUUGCCAACACGUUUGGCUCGCUCAUCGGCCUCUUCACGCUGACGGUGCUGUGGAUCCCGCUCCCGCUGCUCAACGCGGCCGGCCUGGAGAAGUUUGCGCUGCCCGACGCCGCGACGGCGCGCCUCGUGCUCAUGGCCGUGCUGUGCAACGCCAUCUUCAGCGGCUCCUUUCUCGUCCUCAUCUCGCUCACGUCGCCCGUGCUGUCGUCGGUCGCCGCGCUGCUCACCAUCUUCAUCGUCGCCCUCGCCGACUGGGCCCUCACGGGGCAGCCCCUCAGCGGCGCCGCCAUGCUCGGCGGCUCCAUGAUCAUCGUCGCCUUUCUGGCGCUCAGCUGGAGCACGUACCGCGAGAUGACGGAGCACGAGGCGCAGAAGCUGGCCGUCGACCUGACGGACAGCGACGACGAGGACGGCAACCUGAGCGGAAGCGAUGCAUGA